CCAUGUACCAUGAUAGCAUAAGAAUUGCGACUGGCCUGCGAGCCAGUAAUAAACGAGUUACCAAGUUAACCGGUCGUAUCAUUUGCUCCGUCUAUUACACUGGCGAACGAGUGUGUGAUUACCCGCGUUAUAAAAUAUUAACAGUUAUGUCUUUUUUUGGAAAUAUUUCGGUUUUCGACCAUAAAUCCGGCGAGUGGUCGAUAUUUAAAGGUCGAUUAACGCAGUUUUUCAAAAUAAAUGAUGUAAAAGUUGCAAAUAAAAGUGCAGUGUUGAUAACGCACCUAUCGGAUGAAACCUACAGGUUAUUACGUAACCUAGUUUAUCCAAAGGACAUAGACGGUUUGAGUUACGACGACCUAGUUCAAGUACUCGAUGCUCAUUUUAAACCCAAGCAGUGCUCAUUCGCGGAUAAGGCCAAGUUCUACGGGGCCACAAGGAACCCAGGUGAAUCCCUCGGAGAAUGGGCGGCACGUCUCAGGGGCCUAGCGAGCUUCUGUAACUUCGGUACCGCCCUGGAGUCAACGCUUCUGGAUCGCUUCGUUCUCGGACUGGGAAUGGGGCCAGAACGUGAUAGGCUCUUCGAGCAAGAUUCAUCGGACUUGACGUUCGCGAAGGCGCUGGAGAUCGCGGAACGGGCAGAGUGUGCUAGAGAGGCAAAGGCGUUGGUGACCAAUGGAGCCGGCGUGGUGAUCCAGCAGGAGCCGGUAUACCGCGUGGCGAGCGAGCGCGGGGGCGCGCCCCGCCGCCCGCCGCCGCGCGCCGCCCCUGCCGCCGCCGCCCCCGGGGACCAGCGUGACCAACAUGUCUCUCGAUGUUCUGUGUGUGGGUUGAAAAACCAUAGUGAACUAAAGUGCCGAUUUAAGUCAUUUAAGUGCCAAAAAUGUGGAGUGAAAGGUCACUUGCGUAAAAUGUGCAAAUUACGGGUAAAUAACAUAGAAACCGAGGAGAAUGAUUCUACCUGUGAGGACUGUAAGGAAUGCAGCUUAUUUAACAUGAGGUAUGAGAAUUAUGAACCUAUAACUUUACCUGUUAAAAUAAAUAAUGAACAAUAUUGCAUGGAAAUAGAUUCUGGUUCUGGUAUUUCGGUCAUGUCACAUAGUUUUUACAGUGAAAACUUUGAGGGAAAUAACUUAAAACCCAUGCUCAAUUAG